AUGUCCGGCUACUCCGGCCUCCCAUCGCGGCCGAUGGACGCGGGCGAACCAAUGCAGUCACCUGAACGUGACCAUGGGGGCUAUGCCCGUGGGGACUAUCCUCCCCCCCGUCAUGCCGACCCUCCUCCCCACUUUGACAGCGCCUACCGCGGACACGAGGGUCCCUCGGACCGCCACUGGGAAGGCGGACGCGAGUAUGACGACCGCUAUGAUGACUAUGACCGCAAGCGCCGCAGGUCUCCUUCUCCGUCGUACCCGUAUCAGCGUCCUCGCCACAGGUCACCUUCCCCGCCGCCUAGGGCAUACCGCGGCGGCGGUGCUGGCGGCCACUCCCACCCCGAUCCGGCUAGCCUUGAGUACCUCCUCACAUUCAAGCAGUUUGCCGAGUGGUUCCGUCAGUCGCACCCACAGACUGCGCGCGACGAUGACGAGGACCUGAGGAGGAUUCGCGCCGAUGUCGAGAGCGGCCGGCUGCCCGAGUCUGUCCUGAUUGAGAAGCACGGUAUGGCCAAGCGCUACGAACGCUACAGGAAGGAGUACACUUCCAGGCAGCUCUUUGGCAUCUACCUCACCCACCGCGAAGAAGCUUGGUUCAUCGAGCGUUAUUCGCCAGCCCCCGAGCAGGCAGCAUUGCGUCGACGCGUGAACCGCCAAGGACGCGUGCCUUCUGUGCAGCAGUACAUUACCGAAUUGCGGGAAGGCAAAUGGGACGAAGCCAACUUUGACCAGACCGACGAGCCAAGAGCGCCAGAGGAGGAGCCCGAGGGCCUAGACCACGCACUGGGAGAGGACGCAUACGACCCCCUGCGCAUCGAGGUGCCCCCUCGUCCCGGACAGGUGUUUGUCAAGACCGUCCCGCCAUCCACCGCGCGCCAGGAGCUCGAGUCGGUGUUUGACAAGCACCCCGGUUUCCAGUGGCUCGCCCUGUCUGAGCCCUCUGCCAAGCGCAGCUUCCACCGCGUUGGAUGGGCACAGUACGCCGACGAUGUCAACGUCGAGGAUGCGGUCACCACGAUCGACGGCUCGAAGGUUGACAACUUCACGUUCCACAUGGGUGUGAACGGUACCCCCAUUGUGGGCCGUAUCCGUGUUGCGCCUCCCCUUGCCAACACCCUGUCGAGGCUCGAGACCGAUGCUCGUCUCGCCGCGGAUCUCGCACGCACACUUGAAGACGAGCUCAUCCAGGAGGACACGCCCGUUCCCGAAGCAGAACCCGAGGCAGACAAGCCCGUGGAGGAGCAGCCUGCGACCGAGGAGGCAAAGGCGGAGGCCAAGGCGGAGGGCGAGGAGAACGUCGAGGAGAAGAGCGACGACAAGGUCGAGACCAAGCCUGAGCCCAAGCCUGAGCCCAAGGCCCCUCCUCCCGGGAUCCACGAGCGUGGUAGCGACGCCGUUGCCGACGUUGUUGCUCGCCUGCUCGCCAGCGAGGGUCUGGAUGGCGAGGAGCUUGAAGAGGAGCAGCGCGCCCGCAAGGCCAAGAUCACUCUUGACCAGUACAUGGCGUACCUUCGCCAUGGUCUCAACACUUGCUACUACUGCGUUGUUCCUACGGCUUUCCCCGAGGAGCUUCAGCGCAAGUGCGUGGGUCACGUCCGCGCCCAGCCCGAGCCUGCCUCUACUGCCAUCGAGGAAGAGAAUGGCCAUCCCGAGGAGGACCGCUCCGAGGUCAAGCCCGAAGGCGUGGAGGGCGCCGCCGAGGACGAGUCUCGUGAGCCCGAGGAGCACGAGCGCCGUGACUCGGCUACUGGCCCCCAGGCAGCGGGUGGCAAGCGCUACACCUACCCGACCAAGAGCAACGACGAGCGCUGGGCCGAGAGUCUUGAACUCAAGGUUCGCGGUGUGACCGAGGAUGUUGACGUCGUCGAGUACGGAGGCCGCGACAUCGAGGACGAGACCAAGCGCCUGACUGCCCCGUGCAUCAAGCAGGAGGAUGCCGACAAGUACCGCUGCAAGCAGUGCCUGAAGCUGUUCCGUGCACCCGAGUUUGUGAUCAAGCACGUCAUCAGCAAGCACCCAGAGAGCGUCCGCGACAAGCUGGACGACUUUGUCGUGUUCAACGCGUUCGUCCUCGACCCGCAGCACAUUCCCCCCUCGGCCAACACCCUCGCCGCCAUUGACGACCAGUUGCCGAUCCAGCCUGGCGCGCUGCCCGCCUUCAACCCGAGCAAGGCACAGGCGAUGCUCACCGCCGCCGCAGCCAACCAGCCCGGGUUCAACAUGGCGAUGCAGCAGCAAAUGAUGAUGAUGAUGCACAUGCAGAUGAUGAUGUCUGGCGGUGGCAGCGGCGGUGCUGGAUCCUCCACACUGCCCGGUGCCCCCGCCGGCGCUGCAUCGGCGUCUGCGGCCCCUAUGGCCAGCCCCGCUGGCAAGAGCCGCGACUUUGACGCCGUGGGCGGCCUUCCUGCCGCACCGCCUGGUGGCGAAGACCCGCGCGCGCGCAAGGGCCGCGUGAGCUACCGUGACCUUGACGAGCCCAGUGGUGCUGGUGACCCGGGACUCCCUUACUAG